CAUUUAUGUCCUUGUGUAUUACGUUUAAACUGACCAAAGGAGCAACACCAUGUUAUUGUCCCUGUUAGUGAAGUUUUGGCUGUGCUCAGUUAUGGCAGUUGACUCCUGGCCAUGCAGCUCUGAGGAACUGAUUUAUUCAGUUCGGUCUCACCAUUCAGUCAUACUACCACAAGGUUUGCCGCUUAAUUUCAGCCACCCACACCCUCAUAUAUUACACCACCCAUGUGGAAAUUUUUUUUUUUCUGGUAUUUCCCCAGCUCUUUACCUUGGGGAAAGGGUAUUCCUCAGCCAUGAUAAUUUUGAAAGCAGCCUUCUUCCUCUAACCAUGCCCAGCGAAUAUACAGACCCACCUGCCAUUGUUAGUGAUGCUAUUUUUGUGAACACAGUUAUACUUAUCCUAGUGGUGAAUGGAAAGGUCUUUACCUAUUACUAUAUGGGAUGGGACAUGUGGCUGCGUGCAAGCGGGAUCACUAGUCCAGUUACGCAACUUGCUUCCUACAAUUGCUGUUUCGCUCUAUAUGAUGAUACCUGUGAAAAAAUCAGUUAUCUUGUUGUGGCAUAUGACACAGGCAAUUUGGCUAGCAACAGUGAGAUCUUUUAUUCAAAAGAUGGGGGCUACGAAUUUGUACCUUUAAAGAGUAGACCACUGAGGGAUGGCAUUCUACUUGGUGUCUAUGUUUUUGCUUCCUCAGGAGAUAUUGGAAUGCUCCUCAAGAAUACCAGUAAUUCCAGCACUGUGUACUUCACAUAUGGAGAUAAUGAAUCCAUGAAAGAUGGAACAGGAACACCCUUUAACAUAGACUUAUGGAAAGAACAUGAUGUUGAAAGCACACUUGCCCCUGGCAUGAGAGGUUUUAUCGUAAUAUGCACCACGAAAACAAUUAUGCGCUCCGCGAAUGAUGGAUUGACAACAGAUGAUGUUACUGUACUUCCCACAGUCAGCUAUCCUAAUCAAACUUUUCCAGAAGAUAUUUGCUCUACAGCUACCAGCCCUAAUGAGGUUGUAGCCCUCACCCAUUCUCAGCUUUUCUAUGGAAACCUGGACAUGACCUCUAGCCAAAUGGUACAUUUAGGGGAGAAAAUCAUUUCCUCACCCCAUGAGCCUUGUGAAGCUAUGUUUUUUGAAAAUACUGGAAUACUCAGCAUCAUCCGUCCACUUCCCAGCAAUGUAUCUGAAUAUUACCAUUUUCAUAAAUGCAGCAUCAACAUCCAGGCUAGGCUCAUGAGUCUGGAGCCACCAUUGCAACCCUGUCCAAUGGAGAUCCUCACUGGUAAUUUCCAUAAGAAGAUGUAUUAUAUUGAUACAAAGCAGCAGCUUCAUUUUAAUGCCACGUUUGUACCAAAGGCAGGGACUGGUGCCUAUCCAUAUGUAACUCUGAGCAAUCCACAUGUGCUGGCAUUUGAGGCCCACGUUGUGGAGGAUGGCUAUACCUUUAAUGGAAACGGUAAAUAUAGCUUGCAAAUUAAAUUACAAGAGCAACAAUUAGCAAGUAUGAUUGAAGAAACAAAGAUUACAUCACCCUUAAAGAAGAUAUCAAGUGUUACUGUGGACAUCUACAACAAAGGAAUAUUCUGCAUUGACAUGCAUCCAUUGACAGCACUUAUUGCAGUGGAGUGUCCACCUAAGAAAAAAAUCAGAAUUUUAAUGAGUACAACAGCUUGCAGCAAAGGUCUCUUUGAGCCAAGACUACUACAGAAAUAUGUUUAUUCAAUUGAUAAGGAACUAUAUGAUCCCUUGUUCCUUGGCAGAAAAAAUUUAGAACAGGAAGAUCGUAAUGUGACCUAUGACUAUCACAGUUGGCGAUGUCCCCUUCUCUUAUAUUACAAUAAACCAUGGCUUCCAGAACUUGAAUUAUGGCAGAGUGGUAAAUUUGUGGAAUACGUUUCUGCCGAUUUUGUACUGUAUGAAAUACAUGGAAUGCACAAUUAUGAUUAUCUCUUGACUGAAGUAGAGGCCAAUUGUUUGUCAGAGGCACAGAACUGGAUCAAACAAUUAAAAGCUGAAGAAAAACCACAAAAUGCAUGGACUAGAUAUAAUUACGUGAGUUGCAAGGAGCCCAGAAAAAACAAAUCUUCACCAUCACCUAAUUCAAAGUACCAAGUUCUAAACAGGGAUGAAAAAAAUAGAAUACUUUUUCCACAGUACAAUGGCUUUUAUGUCUUCCACAUUACUAUUGUAGAUAGCUUAUAUAGCUACUGUAACCUUACCGCCACUUUCAGUGUGUAUGUUUAUGGAGCCCUCCCAAAAUCUGAGGUCAAUGCUGGAAAAGCACUGAUUAGUUUUCUUGUUCUCAUAUUUGGCACAAUGCUAAUGGUUUAUUAUUUUCCUAAAUUACUAAAGGAGAAUGAAAGAAUGAAAAAAGUUUAG